AUGAAUGGAGGGCAGACUUUGAUCUCAUUAUCAACUCUUGGAGGAAAGGCACGUUGAAUGCCUUGUGUUUUGUUGAUUUCCCUUUGAUAAUCAGCGACUAAUCACGUGUUGGAGACUCGGAUUUCAUCAAUUGGUAUCAGAGCCUAAAUCCGGCGGAGAGAAAUUAAUUUCUGAACCCUUCGAAUGAACAGUGUGUGAAGAACAAGAAGCAGAAUCAUGGCGUUGAACGUCAGAAGCAAGGGACAGCAGUGGAGCUCAGACAGAGAUGGCGGACGCUUAUUCAUAGGAGGCCAGUUGAACCUUGGGCAGAACACGAACGAAAUCCCGCCGCCCAUAGCAGUCGCAAACCUGACUGAAGCACUUUGCGCCAUCGCCGACAUAAGCACGCAGAUGGCAGAGUUUAUGUGGAAAUGGACCGUGUUUGGGCAACAGUUGAUUCGAGCCCUAGCAAACCAGACAAAGGUGGAGGCGAACGGCGUGAUGAAUGAACGGAGUGCGAACCCAGAAGUUACAGUAGUGAUCGAACCAAACUCUAGGGGGGCGGUGAAAGCUGAAGAGACAAUAACAGACCAAACUCCAACAGAAGGAGAAAGUAAGCGAUCAGGAACAGGUCAUCAGGUUCGCUUGAACGACCUGAUCGGGAGUGAGAAAAAUCAGCGUGGGCAGUUCGGGUUGGGGAAAAGUUCAACCAGACCGAACCCGAUGACCGAUUUCGGAUCUGAGAAUGCUGAAUUGUGUGCGUUUGAGGGAGAUAACUUGGAUUGUUCGAUGCAGGUGAAGCGAAAAAAGACCUGCCAAGUGUUUGAUAAAAUGACCAAGAAGAAGAAGAAGAAAAAAGAAGCCAUUGAUGGACUGAUCAAGUGCAAGGGCUUCAGGCUUGAAGCCGAAGAGAGUAAUUGGAGAGGCUGCGCGACAAGAACUACAGCUGUUCUACGGGGGAAGCUUGGGAGGAAGAGUAUGGCUGAUAAAGUGGUCGCUGAAAGAAGUUUCAGUCUCCGAUUUUACAGAUUUGGGCGAAUGGUCUGGAUCCAAAAGGAGGAGGUUAACAAUGCUGAAGUAUUCCUUGUUGUUGGUUUCUAUCAGCAGUCCUCUCGUAGCAAAUUCGGGGUGCGACAAGCCGACGAGGUUAAAGGAACAGAUGUUGAUCGUUAUGCUUAUGGGCAGCCCGCGAGCCAAGAGGGCUUGCUUGGCGUGAUUUCGACUUUCGGCAAUGAUGCGGCUGUCCUAAGCAGAUCAGUUACAGCAACUAAGAGUUCUCUUAUUUGCAAGUAUUUGAUGAAGUUAACUCAGGGAAAUGGGUUUGUUGGUCCCCCACAUUGUCCACCUUCUUGGCACUAUGUGGGUAGAAUCGGUUCUCUUUCCCAUAAUACGUCUAUGGGUGCAUCCCAAAAGGUUGAUCAGCCUAAUCACACUGCCAGUUCUAUCUCUUCGCAAGUAGAAAUAUUAAACAAGGAAGAUGAAGACAUGGAUGUUUCAAGUAUCAGAGAAGAGAUGAUUGAAUCGUUAAUCCUUGGCAUGAGGGGCACGGUCAGCAUGUUCGUCGCGUUGGAGGAGCCCAGACACGUGGCCAUGGACUUAUGCUCUAGGUCUUUGUCAUCCGAAGGCGACCACGGAGCGGCACCCGAGCCGCGACCGUCAAUAACCCUUUCGAUGUCGGCAGUUAUCGGCGUGAGACCACAAGUUCGAAGAUGCUGCGCAAAGGUGGAGCAACGUUACCGACAUUCGCGAUAACGACCGAAUUAGAUAAACCUAACAUUCUAAAGGGUGGUUUUGUUCAGCUGUUUUAUUGCAAGUUGGCUGUUGAGGAAUCUGGUUUCCAGCUGCUGGGUUGUAUAAUGGUGCAGAUUUAUUUAAUCUAUGUGUGGGAUUGAGUUUUCAUGGCAGUCGGUUUGAAUUCGAGGACAUGAAGGGUCUGAUCAGAAUUGAUGCAAGAACACUUUUUGCGUCAUCUUUGAACACUUCGUUGGCAAAAGUUGUUUCUCUUGCGGAGAUUUCACUGUUGAAGCCAUUGCACGCAAUACUUCUGCGAAUUGAUGGAGAAAUCAUGAUUGACUUGGAACCUCCUAAAUCUGAUGACCCCACUUCGAUUCCUGUAGGGGUAGUUCAUUCGCAGAAAUUCGUCGUUCAGACCAAUUCCGGGUUGCAAUCUCCACCAGGGGGUGACAUAGGUGCUUGCUGCGAUAUAGUGGGGAAAGAUGUGAACAAACUCACUCUUUUCGUGUGUGAAAUGGCUAGGCUGACUGAAACGACAAUUACCCCCAUUUCUGGAAGGAAUUCGUCCGUUUGUAUGAACGGUUGGAACCCUAAAGCUGCAAAAACAACAGACUGUUAGCUAGUGAAACCAUGGGGAAAUCUCUUACAAACUGCAUUGUUCUAAGUGAAUCACGUCCAGCCGUCCAAACUCUUCUCUGUAGAACCUUACAAGGUGAGGGAGACAAAAAUAUAAUGCAAACGCAGAGAAGAUUCAGGAACGGUCAGCCGGAUUCUUCUGCUGAACGUGUUCUGAUCAAUGGUUCUACAAGACGGGAUCAUACAAACAAGGUCAGCGGUGGUGAUCUUAUCGGUCAGGAUCUCACCGAUGAGAAAACAAUGACGGAUCAAUUCAUCAGACUGCAAGAAAGGAAUGCAACCAUGGGAAAGCUUAUUGGCUGGCCAAAGCUCGAAGGUAAUCAUGGGAGAGCUGGCAAGGAAACAAGGAGAAUCUCCAGCGUCUCAACGAAAUGGAUUUUAUAGAACAGAAAAUCAAGAAUCCUCUCAAUCGGAUCCGAUCUACUCAUAAACUUUUCAAGGCCCCCAAUAUCUCAGAAAAUCGGAAACAGUUUCUUGAGGAUAGUGACACAUGUGAGAGAUAUGUGACUACGAUAAUCAAGAGCACGAACUUGAUAAGUGUUCAGUUCCAGAGGGCUAUCGAACAAGAGGACAGAAAGGGGAUGCAACCCAUGCCUUGGCAUUUACUCGGGACAAGAGGUACUAAACUGAUGAAAGAAUUUGCCACUGUUUCACGUCACUUGGGAGCUAGUGGAGACGAUCGAGGCACAAUUUCCCAACUUUCACCUUGAGGACAAGGUGAAACUCGAGGAGGGAGUAUUGAUAGACAUGGUAAUUAAAUAUAGACUUAGUAUGAUACAGGGGUAAGAUAGGCAAUGUAUAUGUUGGGGGGAAAACCCUAAAAUUACAUUAGUGAAGCUUUCUGAUUUAAAAUCUUUGUUUCCAGAA